CUUCUUCCUUCCUUCCUUCCUUUUUGCUCCAGGGAUCCUUGACCUAAAUCAAGCCCUGAUUGGGUCUGUUUAGUCAAGAUCUCUCUCCCUCUCUCUCUCUCCGUCUCCCUCUCCCUCUCCCUCUCUUGUUGUAGGAUGAAAAAAUAGCCGAGGGAAUGAUGCGAAGGCUACCUUGAGCUCCUGGUGAAAAGCCCAGCUCUAAGUCUUACCAGAAAAGACUCAGAGCAGUCAUCAAUUUCAGAUGACAGAUGUCAAUCAACAGUCCUAUGAAUUAUACGUGGAGCCAUCUUGGUGGGCUUUGCCUAGAAGGUCCUUCAGAGCUACCCAGAGGAUCCCAUCACGAGGGACCUUUUGCAGGCUUUCUCCGACUCGGAGCACGUCUGGUCUUGAGGGAGGGCUGGGCCCAUCCCUUUUCAGGCUGUGCACCAUUGGUUCUGCUGCCUGGCGGCAGAUGCUCCGUUCUCCAUGCCAAGCAGGGAUAGUGGGGCCUCCGGGAUGUCACAGAACCACCAAGCCUGCCGAGAAACCUGAGCUUGGCCCUGAAUGGAGGGCACAGCCCAAGAAGGAAGCUGAGAAGGCCAGAAGGGAGAUGCCAGGCAGGCGCAGGUGCCCUGAAGGACCUCGAGGACAGUGGACCAUUGACGGUGCUCCUGGGAUGGAGGCUGUUAUGGCAACGGAAAGAAGAGCCAGGGCGGAGAAGAGGGGGACGGUUUGGGGCAUCCCUCUCUUCUUCAACAGAGGCUUUCAGAAGGAAAGUGGGAUGAGACCUCGCAGUCCAGGACUUCUGCUUUCGCUCCUGUUCUCCUCGUUGACCGCAGCUCCAUGGUUUGGCUCAGAAACCGGGGCAGCCGAACAGGAUUUUGGGGGAGACCCCCACACGGGAUCCCCUUCUGCCAGUGAUGGAGGCAGACAGGAAUGGCCAGGUGGACAGUUCUGGACCGUGGACCAUCUCCCUCUCCCUGCAGACCGAGGGACGGACUCCCCCCGCAUCAUCGGGGGCUACGUUAUGGCCCCCCACUCCUCCAAGUACUUGGUGUCUCUGAAGAGGAAGAGCGGCUUCCACUUCUGCGGGGGGGCGCUGGUCAGCCGCAGCUGGGUCUUGACCGCUGCCCACUGCAAGACCGGAAUGAACCAGAUGCUCAUCGUGGCCGGAGAAUAUUCACUCUCCACUUUUGAGGGUACCGAGCAGAUCUUCCGGCCGGCCCGCAUGGUGGUCCAUCCGGACUACAGCGCCUCUUCGAAAAACGCGGACAUCAUGUUGAUUAAGCUGAGCCGGCCAGUGAACUACAGCCCCUUCAUCUCCAUCGUGCCGGUCCCUCGCCAAGGGGCGAAGGUUCGGGCCGGCCGCUUCUGCCAGGUCUCCGGCUGGGGCUACACCACGCCCGUCGGGGGCAGGACUUCGGACACCCUGCGCAGCGUCCACCUGCCCCUCGUCUCCACCUGCAAGUGCAACAGCUCCGCUUCGUACGCCGGUUACAUCACCAAGAACAUGAUUUGUGCCGGAUUUGGACGGGGAGGAAAAGACGCCUGCCAGGUAGAGAAGGUUUUGGGUUGGUGCCAGAAAGCGGCCACACCAUCCAAGGACUGUUGGCCUGAACCCUUUUUGCGGAGGGGAAGGGGGGGAAGAAGGAUUCCUUGGAGAGUCUGUGGGUUGUUGACGAAUUUCCUGACUCCUCUCUCUCUCUCUCUCUCUCUCUCUCUCUCCCACCCCCCAAAGGGUGACUCCGGGGGUCCUCUGGUGUGCAAAGGGCGCGUGUUUGGCAUAGUUUCCUGGGGUCACAGUUGCGCCAGCCCCGGGUAUCCCGGCAUCUACACAGCCGUGGCCAAUUUCCAGAAGUGGAUCUACAAGACGAUUUUCCAGGGAUAAGGGCUGCUUUUGGGGUGGGGUCUGCCUCUAGAGCUCCUUUGCAUGGGGUGGAGGGCUGAACGGCCUUGCAGUUUGUUUGUUUUUCCUACGAGGAAGGACAAAAAGGGCCCCGUUCUCCUUCUGUCUUGGAUUAAUUUGGGGUUCAGUCCUGUGAAUCUCAAGGGGAAGCUGGUGGCUGCCCAGGGGAGCUGGAAUUGCCCUGCCAGAAAUGCCUGCCCUCGGUCAAAUCAUCUGGGCCAGCUGCCAAGUGCCCAUCAGCCCCUCCCCACCCCCGCCCUUUCCGUGUUCUCUUCUGCAGAAGCCCAGGGAAGACCUUGGCCUGAGCCCCCUCCGGCCUCCUCUCAGGCUGAGCUCUGCAACGAUGGGCAACAACUUUAAGAAACUUACUGUAGGUUGUAUGUACAACACGACUGAAUGCUGUACAGGCCCAAAAAUAAAACACAUCUGCAAAAAAAUGAGAGGAUGUGCCACAUGGAUAAAUCCUGAUGUUACUGGAAGCUUCUCCCAGCUUUUUUGAAGCUGAACACCCAACAGUGAUGCCAUUUGUCAAACUGGAAAGAAAAGGCUUGCCAGACACACACAGACACACACACACCUGCUCUUAAUCUGUACUCUGAGCCCCAGCUGGGUUUCUGUUUCCCUAACCCUAACCCUAACCCUAACCCUAACCCUUUCCUCCUCUCCCU